CUAUCAGAGUCCAACUACAACUUCCUCCCUCUCUUCGUAUCUAUCGCGCCGGCCAUGGCGAAACCUAAUUCGCUCUGCCUGAUCCUCCUGCUCUCCUCUCUCGCCCUCGCCUCCGCCACCGUCUUCUUCGAAGAGAAAUUCGAAGAUGGAUGGGAAAAGAAAUGGGUUAAAUCCGACUGGAAGAAAGAUGAGAACAUGGCUGGAGAGUGGAACUACACUGCCGGAAAGUGGAAUGGCGGCGCUGAUGACAAAGGUAUCCAGACAAGCGAAGACUACAGGUUCUAUGCUAUUUCAGCAGAGUAUCCUGAAUUUAGCAACAAGGACAAAACCCUAGUCUUUCAAUUCUCUGUCAAGCACGAACAGAAGCUUGACUGUGGAGGUGGGUACAUGAAGCUGAUGAGCGGUGAUAUCGACCAAACCAAAUUCGGUGGUGACACUCCAUACAGUAUUAUGUUUGGACCUGAUAUCUGUGGUUACAGUACCAAGAAAGUCCAUGCUAUUCUGACUUACAAUGGAACAAACCACUUGAUCAAGAAGGAAGUCCCCUGUGAGACUGACCAGCUCUCCCAUGUUUACACAUUCAUCAUUCGCCCUGAUGCUACUUACAGCAUUCUGAUUGACAAUGUGGAGAAGCAAACUGGCAGCUUGUACUCUGACUGGAGCCUUCUCCCUCCCAAGAAAAUCAAGGAUCCUGAAGCCAAGAAGCCUGAGGAUUGGGAUGAGAAGGAGUACAUUCCUGACCCUGAGGACAAGAAGCCAGAGGGAUAUGAUGACAUCCCUAAGGAGAUUCCUGAUACCGAAGCCACCAAGCCCGAAGAUUGGGAUGAUGAGGAAGAUGGUGAGUGGACUGCCCCAACUAUUCCCAACCCAGAGUACAAGGGUCCAUGGAAGGCAAAGAAAAUCAAGAACCCCAACUACAAGGGCAAGUGGAAGGCUCCAAUGAUUGACAACCCAGAUUUCAAGGAUGAUCCAGAGAUCUAUGUUUUCCCCAACUUGAAGUAUGUGGGCAUUGAGUUGUGGCAGGUGAAAUCUGGAACCUUGUUUGACAAUGUCUUGAUCUGCGACGAUCCCGAGUAUGCCAAGAAGUUCGCUGAAGAAACAUGGGCCAAGAACAAAGAUGCUGAAAAGGCAGCAUUUGAAGAAGCCGAAAAGAAGGCAGAGGAGGAAUCAUCCAAGGACGACCCUGCCGAUUCUGAUGCUGAGGAUGAUGAUGACACUGAAGAUGCCGACACAGAAGACGACUCUGACCUUAAAGCCGAGGGUGCUGAAGACUUCAAAGACGAAGAAGAACUACAUGAUGAGCUUUAGGAAGGACAGAUGAAGAGGAGAAGAAAGCAAAGCAGAGCAACUCAAUGCCAGUAGAGACAUUGUUCAGCGUUUUUUGUUAUUUGGUUGUUAUAGUUGUAGAAGCUGAUGGAUUCUUAACUAGAAGAGGGAGGAAACGUUUCGAGAAAUAGAACUGGCGACAGCGUUGGAAUGAUUCCUUUGAAACGUUUAGUGUUACAUUCUUGACUGUCUCUCUCGGAGCUAUCAUUUAGAAGAAAACCUUAAGAGGACUUGUUGCUGCCUGUUAUUUUCUUUGUUUACGUUCCUCGAGGCAGACGAGCAACUCCCAACUCCCAACCUACUUGCAUUACGUACGUAGUGCUUCAAUCCUAGUCUCUUAAGGAUUACCUUCGAUACUUGCCGAACAAAGCAACCUCAAACGGUAUCAAUUGUACGUCGAGUUCAAGAAGUAAACUCACGACAGAAAACCGUUUUCAAUAUAGUUUAGUACGAAAGCGAACCAAAACAAUGAACAAAUUGGAUUUAA